GCUCCGUGAGCGGCUGUGGGCGGGCCGGCCCGCUAUGGCGUGCUCACCCAGCGCCGUGUUCUUGUUGGACACCGCCAGCCCGGGGCAGCGGGAGCGGCUGCAGCUGUGCGCCCUGCGCAUCCUCAACCACCUGUGCUGCCGCUUCGGCCUGCCCCGCCUGCGCUGGGCCUACCGCUUCUUCGACUCCCUCGGGGGUCGCGGCGGGGCCUCGCGGGGCGGCGGCUUCCGUCCUCCGGCACCCCGGGCCUGGGCGCGCUUCGAGGAGGAGCUGGCGGAACGGCUGGUAGCUCGGGGUUCCGCCGCGCUGCCCGGCCCGGCGACCCGCCUCGCCCUCACGCACAGCGGCCUGAAGGAAACGCUCCUCGACUUCCAAUGGGACCGCCCCGAAAUCGCGUCCCCCGCCAAAGCGCCCCGCGGUAGCGGCGGGGCUGGCGGGGAGCUUUCCCCGAGCGACGGCUUCAUGAACGCCGUGUUCCUCUUCUCGCCGUGUCCCCGCUCCAGCCGGGAGCUGCGGCAGUUCGUGUCCGGAGGCGGCGCGGCCCCCGCGGGGCCCCCCACACUACUGGAGGUGGCCGAGAAGCUGCUGCCCCGCAGCGUCCGCGAGCUGCUGGCUGAGCAGAGGAUCAUGCUGUACUGGGUGGACACCGCCGAGAGUUCGCAGCUGAUUAAAUCCCCAGAUCACGAUGGAUACUGGAUAAUGCUCCAACUGCUCCAGCAAAUAGGAGGCACCAUUUUGCCAUCUGAAACCUUAGUGCAACGUCCAAGUCACCACAGGGCAGACCUUGCUGAUGUCUUUCUCAGAGACUCGGGUUCCCCACUGCCACAGACUGUGCCAUGGACAACACUUCUGCCAUUGGACUCAGCCUUAAACAGUUUGUUUUCAAAGCCCCCUGUAUUUCGUGCAGUGUUCCCCCAACAAGAAGGGACGUUAUUUCUCAGCAUGCCUGAAGGAAAGAAGGAAAGCUGUGCUGUGAUUCUGGAACCUCUAGCCAUGAGCCAAAGACAACUGCAUUGUCCACUCAACAUCAUCCUGAAAGGCAGCACGAUGAGCUGGAACUGGAUGCAGGCUGUCAGCUUUCUCACAGAGAGCUGGAUACUGAGAAGCUCUGAGACUGAAUGCACAGAGCAGAACUGGUUCCAUCAGCUGCUACGGAAUCUAGUGAUGAAAGAGCUGCACAUGAUUGCUGAAGUGUCUCAAGCUAAAUCUUCGUGCCCCUGCACUGCUGUUUUAUCACCACUCUCUGAGAGUGCUGCUGUCCUCGCUCUGCUCUGUGCUGAGAAGACAGCUGAAGUUCAGCGGUGCAACCUUGAGGGAGCUGUAGUGGAGACCUCUUCCCAGGAUGGUGCUCUGCACCUCCCGGAUGUUGUACACAGUGUGUUGAGUGAAAUCGACAUGGCAGUGGAAGACUCUCUGGCUACUACAGAAGAAAGUCCUAUGCCAGAGUGGGUCAAACGAGAGCUGUGCAGUACGGAGGGCUGGCACCCUUCAGUGCUUGAAGCGUGGUAUUCUUCUUCAAAUGCUUGUGGAGCCAGCUCAGAUCUGAUGGAUUCAUUCAGACUCCUGCAGGUUCCAUGUACUAAUGUGAAGGAUGAUGCAGACCAAUCUGAAGUGGAACUUUCAGAAAGUCUGUCUGAGCUGUACCAAAGAAAAUCAAGAGAAAUAUCUGCUGGAGCAGGAAAUAACAAAAAAAGACGUGGGGUUCCUCGGACUCCAGUCAGGCAGAAGAUGAAGACCAUGUCCAGAUCCUUGCAGAUGCUCAACGUAGCAAGGUUGAAUGUAAAAGCACAGAAGUUUCAACCUGAUGGUAUGCCAGCAGUGAGCGAAAAGGUUCCACAGAAGCUUCCAGCAAAAAGAUUGGAUGAGAAGUUGGAAGGGAAGGAAAAGGCACUUAAAACAUCAGUAGACUUGAAAACUGAAGAGGAGCUGCAGUCUCACUUAAUUAGGAGCUAUCAAAAGGUGGUUGCUGAGGAAGUGCUUUCAUCUGUGUGUGCACAGAAUAUGAUCAUGGCCAUUAAAAGGUUCUUGAAAAUACAGGAUACCAAAGAGAAAGAGGUCGCCUGUGUGGAAAAAGUCAGAAACCAUCUCCUGAAGACAAGCAAGUUGCUCAGACAACAGGAUGGCUCAGAGAAGGAAACCAAAGUCAGAGAGUGUCGACUUCAGGUUUUUUUGCGGCUUGAGUUGUGUCUUCAGUGCCCUUCACUGCAAAACAAUGCUGAUGAAAUGGAGCAGCUGUUAGAAGAGAUGACAGAUAUGCUGCGCAUUUUAUGUCUGACUGAAGACCCAGGGUACCUUACAAAGUUCUUAGAGGAAAUACUGGAAUUGUAUAUGAAUUCUAUACCAAAGACCCUUGGAGAUCUUUACUACAGUCUGGGUACACAAAUACCCCCAAAGCUGGCUGCAGUCCUGCCUUCAGACUUCUUCAGUGAUGAUUCAAUGACUGUGGAUAGCAAAUCUCCAGGCCUUCCACCAUCUUUAUCAUCAGUCCUAACUCCCACUGCUGUUUGCCUACGCAGUGAGAGUGAUCAGCUGGAGGAACUGCGCACUCGAUCUGCCCAAAAGAGAAAGAAUAAUGUAUUAGCCAGACACAGGAGCAUGACAGAAGCAUCGCAGAACUUGCGUCAGAUUGAGAUUCCCAAGAUAGACAAGAAUCUCAUCAGAAAGGAGAGCUCACGUUCUUACCUUGCUACUGAGAAAUCCCAACCAAUGCCUUUGCUGCAGAAAGAAGCAGUGCAAGAGGUUACGAAGGUAAGGAGGAACCUCUUCAAUGAAGGGAUGCGUUCACCAUCCAAAAGAACUGCAAAGAAAAUGCCCAGAAGUCAGUCAGUAUCUGCUGUGGAAGGCUUAAGAUACAAGUGCACUGAUGAAGGGGCUAAAGAUCAUCACAAGUUACUGACCAAGAGAGUUGCAGAAACACCACUACAUAAACAGGUCUCCAGGAGACUGCUGCAUAAGCAGAUUAAAGGCCGGUCAUCUGAUCCAGGCUGUGAGACUGGUGUUGUAGAAGAGUCUCCAGAAAAAACCAUAAGUGAAGCAGGUUUAAGAAGAAGUCCUCGCAUCAGACAGCUGACUUUGAAUAGGACCCACUCUGGUGUUUUCUAUUCUGCUGCACAGUCCAGCUCACAGAAUUCACAGCAAGUCCACUGGGGACAAGAGGAAGAGCGCUGUACUCAGCAGGAUGUAGCAGGUGCCAGGCUGCAUUCUGGGUGUCCAACUCCCAAGAGAUUUUUUUUUGGUGCAGUCAUUGAUGCGUGUAGUCCUGCAGUGAAGCAUUCACCUGGAAGGAGGAGAACAAGAAAAGAUUCCUUGAACUUAGAAGAGCUGACUAGCUGUCAGACUCCUAGAAAAACACCUCGUAAGUCUGCACAGAAACUACUGAGUUCUGCCAGCAAACCGCCGAGGAGAUCACCUCGUUUUCUUCACAGGACACCACAAAAGGUGGAGAAGAUUCCCAGCAAAAGUCCAGCUGCUAAGCAGACUGUAGCUAAGUGUUUGGGAAAGUACUUUUCUCAUCCUGUACAAAGGAUCAGGUCACCAUCUGCGUUAACAGAAGGCAAAAAAGCUUGCUUACUGCAAGUAACUAACGACUGUCCUCCAGCUGGAAAACUGUUAUCUUCCUACAAAGAUACUGGUUUACAGGUGCCAGAACACAAUGAAAUACUGAGCACUGUGAAUCCUUUAUUACCUCUGCAAGACUCAACUCCAGCUGCUGCUUCCUUACCUGACACCCAGAAAAGCAUUUUUGCAGAACUACGAACUCCAAGACGUUCCUUGAGAUCCGUCUCCAAAUCAGUGUCUCCAGUUGGUGCUCGGAGGGAAAUCCUUCCAAGAGAAAUUGAGAUGCAGCCAGAACUGACGUCUGAAGCCAUGGAAAGUACUCCCAGGAAAGCUGAAGAUUCAGGUUCAAAACUCUCAACCAGCCCGCUGAGUGAUGUAGAAAUGUCUCAGCUCACCAUGAAACUGGAAUCUCCCUUCAGUUCUCCUCUCUCUGAAAAAGCUACAGAUGUUUUAGCAAUCAGCUCUCCUUCCCACACAGAGACUAAGGAGUCUGACAGGGAAUUUAACAUGCCUGAAAAAUCUCUUCUGAAAUCUCCAGGUGUCAGUGGCUCUUUGCUGGAGUCCCCCCUUAACACUUCCAAGCAGGCCAAAGGUGAACCAAAUUCUGGAGGGAAGAGCCAAACACGGGUGUGUGAAACACCUUCCAAAAGUAAGGACAGUCAUCACAGUAACAGUGAUGGUUCUUGUUCAGGAAGCCUCCAGUUCUGUAAAUCCCAAAUUCCUGGAAAUACCCAUGUGGGGGAGAAUAAACAAAUGGAUGCAGUGGCUCAAAACUCUUCUCCGACGAAGGAAAACUUGGAAAAGCAUUCUUCUCCAGAGCUGUCUGCUGGAGAACAUAUGCUGGAUGCUGAGAUGGAAUGUGAGCCAUCGAGUAAGGAGGGCAACUCCGGUGUAAGCACCUGUGACUCCUUCUUAAGCAGUUCUCAAACAAGCAUCGAUGAAUUGGAACCAGAAACUCUGCAGAAAGAAGAAUGUACAGGGAGAAAGGCACCGAGUCUUAAGAGACACUCCAGAUCUGCCCGCAGUGCCUCGCGUCGCCUGCCUCAGUCAGCUCCUGCCUAUUCCUUGCGCUGUACUGCAGACAGGAGGCAACGGGAGGCUGCAGCGCGGAUGGGAAAUCCAGAGCUUCCAGCCAAGUUCUCAACUCCUAAACUUCACUGCCAGCAGCCUUCUGAGAGCUCAACGACUUAUGAAGUUGAGCUUGAAAUGCAAGCUUCAGGCCUGCCCAAACUUCGCUUUAAGAAAAUUGGGUCUUGCUCAGCAUUAGAUGUUCGAUCUGAAGCAAAUGUUAGCAAACCCAAGGGAGGGGAAAGCCCUUUUGGUGAUCUUGCUAUGACCUGGUGCAGCAAACACCCAGGAAAACUAGCAGCUGCCUGUGUUUCACCCUCCUGCUUUCGCUCUUUCCACGGUACACCUGGGAAGGGUGGAGGGCAGACCUACAUAUGUCAGUCGUACACCCCAACAAGCUGUGCUUCUAACACCACUUCCCCGUCCCCCUUGGAAGCAGAAGUUCCCUUGACUCCUCCAAAGCUGAAGGGGAAGACAACUCCUGAUGCUAUUAAGGACUGGCCUCGGAGAAAGAGAGCAGCAAGCAGCACUGCUAAUAGUAGCUGUGGUCAAAGUGAGAAAAAUGCAGAUGAAGCAAUGGCAACAAGCAGAGAAGGAAAACUGAAGGACUUGGAGAACUGCAGUAGCAAAGUAAUGUGUGGCUUUGGAGAGUUUGGACUGGAGGGGAUUUACAGACUGCAGGAUCAAGUGUCUCCUAAUGACACGGAACCCAGAGAUGAAGAGAGAUCUGCCAUGGGGGCUUCUGGCUUGACAUCUCGUAAGCGAGUCUUUACCCAUCUAUCACCGGAGAAGGAGAAUCAUGAGGCCAAAAGAGCUUGCACUGCUAAGUGCAACAUGGUUCUCAGUGCCUUUUCCCCAGAAGAGGGCAACAGAAACAAAGCAAGGACAGACUCGGUACUUCCUGAGAAGCCCAGAGCGUGUUUGCUUCUAACUCCUGUGCGGCGCAUUUGCAGAGGGGAUGAUGAUGUCUUCCCUUUGUCAGGUGCCACCCCUCCAGUGAAGAGCUCUCUGUGUGCCAGCAGCCUCCUGGCACUGACGCAGUCUCCGCUGCUGUGUAAGGGACAGAUGCCGCCAUCUCGGAGAAAGGGUGUCCAAGAUGAGGAAUCUGAUGACCUUGAAGUUCUUACCAAUCAGGAGCUGUCUCCAUUCCACAGCAUGGCUUCCAGGAAGCGUUCCCUCAGCAGGACUUACUCACGGAAAAGGUUGCUGAGCUGAAGUCUGGAGCCAGAACACUAUGGGAAGUACUGUGUUAUGUGAGCUGUGCAGUAUGGAUUUCUACAAGGAACUCUUAUUUGGUUCUGGCCUGGAGCUGUCUGCAGUGGUGUGAGAUGGGAUGGCAGUGGAAAUAAGGACUACUCUAAAUGUUUUAACUUGAAUCGCAGCAUCUCUCCACCCUUUCUGGCUCUUCUCCUGUGUAUAGUUAGUAGUUGAGUUCUGCAGUGAAGGGUUCAAUCCUGCUAGGUAAGGAGGGGGAAUUGUCACUCUUCUACUUUACUUAUAAAAUAAACUGAUGUGGAUUCUCA